GUGCUGGAGGCAGAGAUCGCGCAGCUACGGAGUAAGUUUGUGGAGUCAGUCGAGUCCGGCACCAUUCUGAGGGAGCCGGCCCGGGAGCCAUCGGCCGGCGGCAGACGUUCACAAGAGGAGCAACAGAACACCAAGGAGGCCAUAGCUCUGAAUGUGCAGUCGCUGCGGGCGGAGCUGUUGCAGGAGCAGCAGGUGCAGGCGCAGAAGGACGAGAAGACCCAGGAGGUCUCGAGAUUGGAAGAAAUGGCUUCACACUUGACCGAUGAGUGUGACGCCCUCUGGCGCAGCGUGACCUUUGAGAAGAGGCGCUCUGCGGAGGCGGCGGCCCAAAGUUGUGAGGCCAUCCUGGAGAUGCAAGCACAGCUCCGGCAGCGAGUUAGCGACAACUUGCCACACGUUGCCGGAGAUAGACAUGAAGUUUCAUGA